AUGAUGGCUGAAGACCUAACAGACCUUCUGGUCAAAAAAGAGCAAGAAUGGAAGGAGCUGCAGCAGCGUCAGAUCUUUUUCCUUCAGCAGACCCUCAAGGAUGAGCAGAAGAACUAUCAGGAGCAAAAAGAGAUAAAUUUGAUAGGCUUAAGAAGGAUUUCACCCAUAACUUAAAGGUGCUGGCUGAGCGAGAACGUGAGCUGGAGCGGUGUGAAGUGAUGUUCUCCCAACUGAAGGUGGUGACGAAUGCAAAGCUUUGCGAAGUAAGCGAACUAAAAGUAAAGAUCGAAAAGCUUCAGCAAGAGCUGCAGAGAGAAAAGAAAAACGUCAGUGAUUUACAGAAUCAUUGUCAGCGGAAAAUCAAAGAGCACCAGAUAGAACUGGAUCAAGUACAUGGCUCUAAAAAUAGUGAUAUCGAUCGGCUUCUGGAAGAAUAUGAGAAACUAAAGCGCCAGCUUGAGAGGAGAAUUGAAGAAUUAGAAGGAGACCUGGCCCUACAGAAACAGGAGCUGUCUUUGGAGUUUGAUUGUGAACUGAAGAAACGGGAACAUGACUUUCGUGUAGGUCUUGAUGAGAUGAACACCGUGGUUUUGUCUCAUGAGCUCAAGGUGAAGUUGCUGACUAAGGAAUUGAAUAUUUUGAGGGAAAAGGAACUGAAAGGCACAGAAUCUCUCCAGCAAGCACAAUUGGCCAUCGAGAGACUGCAUGAGGCCCUGAGACAUAAAGACUUUGAAAUGAAAGAUGUUUUGGUGGUUAAAGAGGCAAGAAUAAAAGAGUUGGAGGGUAAUAUACAGAAACUACAGCAUCAGCUGGAGAGAGAGAAGAAAGCUUUUCAACUGAAACAUGAGCAACUAGACCACGGUGCACGGGAGAAAGAGUCAGCUCUGGCUUCGAUGAAGGAAGCUCACAACGAACAGAUCCAGCAGCUGGAUUAUCAGAAGAAGGAGCUACAGAGGUGUGUGGAGACUCUGCAGAUGGAGCAGCAGAGGGCGACAUACAAUCAUCAGGCUGUACUGGAAGAGAAGGAAAGCACCAUCAUGAAGCUCAAGGAUGAUGUGGACACAUUGAAGACUGGUUGGGAUUCACACAUCACUCAAUUGUCUCAAAAAACUGUAAACAAAGAUCUUCAGAUUCAGUCCCUGCAGGAGAAGGAGGAAAAGCUGAAAGUUCAGAUAGCCAAAUACCAGAAGGAUAUGGAGAGGUACCAGCAGCAGUUAGCGGGUUCGGUGGAGCGGGAGCGUCUGUUAGAACAGGCCAGGGUGCAGGUGGAGUUGGACUGGCAGAAGCGCUGUGAAGAAAUAGAGAAAACCCAGUAUCAGAGAUUGGAGGAGUUGAUUGAAGGUCUCAGCAUAGCCAAGGAUCAGCUGGAAGUUGAACUAAAGGAAAAGGAUAGAAUACUGAAUGAGCUGCAGCUUGUAAAUUCCACUGUGACUUGGGAAAGGGACAAGGCUGUGGCCACUAUCAGGAAGCAGGGAACAUUGACUCACAUAGGAGAAAAGACACUGGCAGCAAUGCCAGACUUUGUAUCAAGUGAGAUUCAGAAAUUGCAGGAGCAAAAUUCAGAACUGCGUCAGGUGAUUGGCCAGAUGAGGAAGGAGAUGGAGAUGUUGUGCGAGCAGAUGUCACCCGCAGUUGGUGAACGGACAGAACCUCCAUCUGCCAACACUGGUGUGACUGCGCCUUCUACUGAUUAUUUGAAGUCUUUUGUGGAGGAGAUCAAGGAUGUAAAACAAAGGAACAGGGAGAUGGAAGUUCAGCUUCAGUUGUCUCCCCCACUUAAAGAUCCUCCUGAUCCACCUACCACUUCAAAACCGGUACUACCUGACAACGUCUACAUCCAAACUCGUAUCAGGAACUCAAAUGAGACCAUAGGUGCUUUAGGAGCAGAUGAAGUGGCAUGUGCAGGAGCUGCUAAGAGACUGGAAUCCAGAACAGCCCAACUAGACUCAAUGGUUGCUGAACUUAACCAGAAGAAUGAAGCUGUGAAUCGGCUACAAGAAGAGGUGAUGACCCUCCAGCAGCAAAUGGCCACCCUUACAACAUUGGGUCACGGAUCAACCAACCCUUACAUACUGAAGACCAAACUGAAAGAAGCUGAGAAAAAAAUUUCUAGGCUCAUCAUGGAGUCACAACAACUGACUGAAAUAGAGAACGGACUACGAGCAAAAGUGGCCCCAGCAGAAGCAAAGACUUCUAAACAUUUGGUUACCGUAACACCAUCCUUCAAGGUUCAAGCACCAAAACCUCUGAGCCGCCUUUCAGAACUAGAGAGUCUGCAAUACCAGCUAACAUCACAGGAGUUGCAGUUUGCUCAGUACCAGAAAUCUCCUAGACUGUCUACAGAGGAUCAUAGUACUACCAAAGCCAAACCCUGUGGACACAGUGACAGCUUUGCAGUGCAGACUACCGAAGACACACUACCAAUGCAGAAAGAGAACCUGUUUUCACCCCGUGUAAAUUACGUGAGCAGCGCCCGAUCCUUGCGCUCAGCAGCCUCACUGACGGAGGGUGAUUCAUCUUUGCAGGAAGUUUGGAAGAUAUUGGACAUGGGGUCAAGUGUGUCACUCCUUAGCUCCCAGGAAGGAAUUGAACAAGCACUCCCUGGUAAGGCUCAGAUGGGCAAUCACAAGAAGGUCCCUUCGUCUGCAAUUAAGAAAAAUGUAGACAAGACAGGACGACCAGGGAAUGCAAAGCAGACAAGGGGCAGAGGCACCCCCAAAAUCCGCAACUACAAUAUAAGAGAUUGA